AUUAUACUCGUUAAAAGAGAUCAGACAACCAUAUUUUUUAGGAUAGAAUUAACAGAGAGCAGAAUUCUUCACCUCCCAGUGAAAUAUCACUGUCUGAAAAUAGGAAUUUCAAAACUUGACCUUAGAUUGCUGCCACAGUAGCGGGCAUUUAAUUUAGUCGUUCUGGGUGAUGACAGACAGCAGACUAAGGAACCUGACGAUCAAUACCAAUGUGGUUAAGCGCAUCAUGAAAGAUAAGACCAAGUAUGAGGAAGAGAUUAUUAAGCAAACCGAAGUUGUAGAAAAAAAAGUUGCUGCACAAGCUGAUGUAUAUGAAAUAAAAAUGGCGAAAGCAGUUUUGGAAGAAAACGAGAGGAUGAUUCCUGAUUGCGUAGUACGAUUGAAAAAUGCUGUCAAAAAGCUUGAGAGCUGCGCUGAAGAGUGUGAAGAGGAAUUUAGUGAAACACAAGAAUACAAAACAGCAAAGGCAUUACUCCUAGAAUGCUCAGAAAUUUGUGCUUGUAAAUGACUUGGUGAAUUCUUGAUGUCCAAUAUCAUAUACAUUCCAACUUACUCAUAGCGUGUUGCGUUGUUUUAACCUCAGUUGAGUAUUCAUUUUUGCAGGAUUAAGUUUCUUAGACAGAAAAACUGAUAUAGUUCUAUCAAAUAAUGCUUUUCCCGGGUGUCGACUCGAAUUCUUAUUUGUUGAUUGAAGAUAUAAGCCUUGGGGCCUAUUUCAAUCCUUUUCUAGUGAAUUUUUGUGCGUGUCCAGACCCUUCUUGAAUAAAUCAGUUGAC